AUGCUCGGCCAUAGGAACACGAGAGACGGGCGUCCCCCAGAUGCAGCAGGGAAGCCCACGAGGCGUGCUCUGAACAAGUACGCCUUCGCCACCGCCGUGCUUUCAUCGGCCACGCCUCUCUUCAUGGGCUAUGACCUCGCCGUGGUGUAUAGCACGGCCGUGAUGGCGGAGGCCGACUUGAAGCUCCUGGCGUGCAUCGUCGCGCUCUCCUCCCUCCUCGGCGCGGUCACGGCCGCGGGAGCGCAAUGCCUAGUCGGCGAUCGCCGCACUGUCCUCCUCUCCGCCGCCGUGCUCUGCGUCGGCGGGCUCGCCCGGGGCCUCGCCACCGGCUUCGCUGCUUUCACUGCCGGCGUCUUCGUCAACGGCGUGGGCAUGGGCCUUGCGCUCAUGAUCGUCCCGACAUAUACGGCCGAGCUCAGCCCGCCCUCCGUGCGCGGCGUGCUCACCUCGCACCCCGACGGCUUCGUGUACCUCGGCUGCAUCCUGGGCUCCCUCUCCUACUCUAUGGGCUUCUUGAGGCUCCCCGCGCACCUCGCCUGGCGACUGACCAUAGCCUCUAGCAUGGCCAUUCCGGCGUUGCUAAGCUCCACGGUCCUCCUCAUGCCGGAGUCGUCCCGGUGGUUCCUAGCUAGGGACCAGGUAAGCAAGGCGCGGCGCGUGCUCUCCAGGACGUCGGCGACACUAGAGGAGGCUGAGCUCCGUUUGCUCGAGAUAAAAGCCGAGCUCGGCACACUGCACGACGGCUCGCCUGACGAGCUGGUGGCGAUGUCCACGACGCGCACCCGGUGGAGGCAGGAGUGCAGCAUAUGGCGGGAGCUGUUGGCGAGACCGACGGAGCCGCUCCGCCGCGUGGUGAUCACUGCGCUGGUCGCCAAGGUCUUCCAGCAGGCGUCCGGCAUCGGGUCCUUGUUCCAGUACGUGCAGCGCGCGUUCCGCGACGUCGGUGUCUCGUCCAGCGCGCAGGUGCCGAGGGCGCUGGCAGCGUUCGGGUUCGUCGUGGUGAUGUCUUUCUCCGUGUCGCUGGUGCUCGUGGAGCUCGGCUGGCUUCUUGUGAAAGCGCUCGCAGGCGGCUGCCUGAAGAGGCGCGCGCCGUCCUUGCACCCGUCGCACCGCGGUGGCGCCGCCCACGUCGGCAUGACCCGGCGGCAGGAGCAGCUGAAGUGGGCGAGGGGUCUGUCCGCGACCACUUUGUUUUCUCUGAUGGCGCUGGUGUGGAUCGCAUUCGGGCCGGCGCAGUGGGCGGACGCGUCAUCGCGCAUCUGCCCGCGGUGGCUGCGAGCGACGGCGGCGGCGGUGAACAAGGCGGUCAGCUCGGCGAUCUUGUCGAGCUUCGCGUGGGCUUACGGGGUCACCGCGUCGUACGGCAACCUGCUCGUGUGCCCCGCGGCCAUCGUUCUCGUCUGGUUGGUCUUCUGUGCCUGUCUUCUUGGCGCGAGGGGGAGGUGA